AUGAGCAAGUUUGGCGCCAUGGUCAUGGGCCCCGCCGGGGCAGGCAAGUCCACGUUUUGCGCCGCCCUCAUCACCCAUCUGCAGCUCAACCGCCGCUCUGCCUUCUACGUCAACCUCGACCCGGCGGCCGAGACGUUCGAGCACCAGCCCGAUCUCGACAUCAAAGAGCUCAUCUCGCUCAAGGACGCCAUGGAGGAGGUCGGGCUCGGGCCCAACGGCGGCCUGAUCUACUGCUUCGAGUUCCUCAUGGAGAACCUGGACUGGCUGACCGAGGCGCUGGACAACCUGACCGAGGAGUACCUCAUCAUCUUCGACAUGCCCGGCCAGAUCGAGCUCUACACGCACAUCCCCAUCCUGCCGGCGCUGGUGAAAUACCUCUCCCGGCCGGGCUCGCUCGACAUACGCGUGGCCGCCGUCUACCUGCUCGAGGCCACCUUUGUCGUGGAUCGCGCCAAGUUCUUUGCGGGCACGCUCAGCGCCAUGAGCGCCAUGCUCAUGCUCGAGGUGCCUCACAUCAACGUCCUGUCCAAGAUGGACCUUGUCAAGGGCCAGGUCAGGAAGAAGGAUCUGAAGCGGUUCCUCACCCCGGACAGUGGCCUCCUCGACGACGAUCCUCUCGAGCGCGCCAGGCGGACGGCGGGAGGUUGCGGGGUGGGGGGCAAUGACGACGACGACGACGACGAAUCGCGUAGGCCAGAUGACAAGCAGCAGAUAAUGAAGGGCUCCAGCUUUCGGCGGCUGAACCGCGCUGUGGCCGGGCUGAUUGAGAGCUUCAGCAUGGUCAACUACCUCAAGCUUGACGUGACUGACGAGGACAGUGUCGGAUCCAUCCUCAGCUACAUUGACGACUGCAUUCAGUUCCACGAGGCGCAGGAUCCAAAAGAGCCUAAUGAUGAAGAGGAAGUUGAUGAUUUCAACGACGAAUGA